CACGGCGCCGCUUUCCGGUGGCUGAGUCGAGCUGAGGUUGUUGUGGGCCGGGGGGCGCCAUGGGGGCGACUGGCGACACCGAGCAGCCGCGGGGCCCCGGCGGGGCGGAGCGAGGUGGCCUGGAGCUGGGCGACGCGGGCGCGGCGGGCCAGCCCGUUCUCACGAACCCUUGGAACAUAAUGAUAAAACAUCGGCAGGUGCAGCGAAGGGGCCGCCGAUCUCAGAUGACCACAAGUUUCACAGACCCAGCCAUCUCUAUGGAUCUCCUCCGUGCUGUCCUGCAGCCUAGCAUCAAUGAGGAGAUCCAGAGUGUCUUCAACAAGUACAUGAAGUUCUUCCAGAAGGCAGCACUGAACGUGCGAGACAAUGUUGGGGAAGAAGUGGACGCAGAGCAGUUGAUUCAGGAGGCCUGCCGCAGCUGCCUGGAGCAGGCAAAGCUGCUCUUUUCCGAUGGAGAGAAAGUGAUACCCAGAUUGGCCCAUGAGCUUCCAGGGAUUAAGCGUGGCCGGCAAGCAGAAGAGGAGUCCCACCGAGGAAGCCCCAUUCCCAAAAAGAGGAAAGGUCGGCCUCCUGGACAUGUUCUGUCGAAUGACCGCGCAGCCGCUGGCAUGGUAUGGAGACCGAAAUCCUGUGAGCCGGUCCGCCGAGAAGGCCCCAAGUGGGACCCAGCUCGGCUGAAUGAAUCUACCACCUUUGUUUUGGGAUCUCGAGCCAACAAGGCCUUGGGGAUGGGAGGCACCAGAGGAAGGAUCUACAUCAAGCACCCACACCUCUUUAAGUACGCAGCAGAUCCUCAGGACAAGCACUGGCUGGCUGAGCAGCAUCACAUGCGGGCAACAGGCGGAAAGAUGGCGUACCUUCUCAUUGAGGAGGACAUCCGAGACCUGGCUGCCAGCGAUGACUACAGAGGAUGCUUGGACCUGAAGUUGGAGGAGCUGAAAUCCUUUGUUCUGCCGUCCUGGAUGGUUGAGAAGAUGCGGAAAUACAUGGAGACUCUGCGGACAGAAAAUGAGCACCGCGCUGCAGAAGCGCCUCCCCAGACCUGAGCCGGGUGUCCUGGCUACCACACUUGGCGGCCUGCCUCCAAGACCCUCUUUCCCCGCCCGGCUGAGGCCAUCAUGGGGAUUUGGUCUAGUUGGCUCUUAGCAGCAUUAAGCUGUACAUGAGCUAGUUUGUAGUGACUCACUGCAGAGCGCCCCAGACUGGCCUGUGGUUCUGUUUCUAAAGUUACUGGAAUAAGAAACAAUUAAACAGUUUGUAAUAAACACAG